GGAGGUCACCCCUCCAUUGAGCCUGGCCGUCUGGCAUAGCUACUGGAAUCCCAGCAUGCCGGCGAACGGGUGAGAACGCACACGGACGCGCUAGUUAAGUGACACCGUGACAUUCAGAGUUGCAAUCGACAGAUAAACAUACAUGCAGACAAACAUUCAUAGAGACAUUCCAACAGACAAAAGACAGAUUAUUUUUAAACAAACAAACAUUAUCAUGGACACUGCCGUAAAACGAAAGAACGCAUAAUUUGAAUAUCAUAUGUCAGUUAAGGAUCAUUUGUAAACAGUAGAAUUGUAUUAUAUUAUAGAAGGCAGUGUUAAUGGCAAGGCGAUGAGUUGUCUUGAUUUGUACUCGUACACUGUUUCCAGCACAUGCCCAUUCUUUGUUUGACAAAGAGACAGACAGAUGCUACACAAUGCUAUUGCUUCAUCUCAUACAAUGCUUCUGAUAAUCCAAUAACUGGAAUAUACAGAAAUCCUCAUAUUGAUGACCGGCAUACUUAUCUGUGGGAGAUGUGGCGUCCACACAAUCUCCUAUUAUAUGUGGUCCAAUUCUUCCUAUUAUCCGUCAUUUCCCCCCAUAAAUCAUUGGAGUAUAAUAGCAGAUAAUAGGAUCUGCAAUAUUGAUCUCCCAGCGCUGAACCCCCAAUGCUUGUUGUUAUGUUCCUUGUUGAGCGUCGCAUCACGGCUGCCCCUGGUCUCAAUCCACCACAGGUACGACAUCGCCAUGUUCAAGAUUGCAUCGCCCGUGGCUCUCUCCAGCAAGGUGCGCCUCGCCUGCCUGCCCAGCGCCAACCAGAUCCUGCCCAACAACUACCCGUGCUACGCCACGGGCUGGGGAUCCCUCGACACCAGCGGCCCCUUCCCCAGCGCCCUGCAGCAGGCCAGCCUGCCCGUGGUCGACUACGCGACGUGCAGCCAACCCAGCUGGUGGGGGAGCAGCCUGAGGAGCAGCGUGAUCUGCGCGGGGGGCAGCACCCGCUCUGCGUGCUAUGGUGAUGGAGGUGGCCCACUGAAUUGCCAGCGGUGGGACAAUGCCUGGGUGGUGCAGGGAAUCGCCAGCUACGUCUCAUCUCUGGGCUGCAAUACGAUCCGCAAGCCCACCGUGUUCACCCGCGUGUCAGCCUACAACAGCUGGAUCAGCGCUGUGAGUGCCGAGGCUGUCAAUGUCAACAUCAAUAUUGUAGUAAAAUGAUACAGUCAAAAACAUUUUCAAUAGCUCGUCACUAUCAAUAUCAUUAUUGUUAUUGCUCUUCUCAAUGGCAAUAUCAUUGUCAAUGUUUAUAUUGUUGUAAAUAUCAAUGUAGGUGCAUAGUCAGGGAAAGGUUGUAUGGAUGGGGCAUGUGUGGAGGAUUGAAAUGGACAUGUUACCAUGACAAGCAUUGAAAGUGGAACCCAGUGGUCAAAAACCAAAUGGAAAAUUUAACCACAAGAUGAGUCAGGUGUUGACUACAAUAGAAGAAGCGAUGGCUCAGUGUAAUUACCUAUUUAUCUUUAUCGAUGACAAUGCAAAGGUGGCAUGUAGGCUCGGUGUGGCUGGUCUCGGCCAGGUAUAAUUGCUAUCAUGUUCGUUUAUCUGUAGGCACUGACGUUCAAACACCACCCAUUCCCCAUUUCUCCCGCAGGUCAUGAGCGUGUAUCGUGAAGCCCCGAAGCUCGCCGAAGGAGAGCAGAGCGUCAACAGCGGAGUUAAUGCCACAAUUGCCGCAUUCAAGAAGCCACAGGCUUAAAGCAUCACGCUCUUUAUAUCAAUGCUACCACUAACCCGAUCAUUACAGUUCCUUGCUAUGGGUAUGGCCUGUUUAAUGUGGAACUGGGCCUGUGAGCAUAGGAUGGGUGGUUCUAUUCAGUGAAUUUGUGUGGUCAUGCCAGACAUGUUAUUAGUGGUAAUGACACUGUCACAAUAUGGCAUUUAGAUCAGAUGAUGAACAGUUCUCUAUUUUGACAACAAAACAUUUAUUUGGAAUACCAACAUGUAUAUUGUACAUCCAGUACUGAAAAUACAAUUUGAAAACAUCUUUAAAAUUGAAGUUCCAUCAUAACACGACACUUUGCAUUCCAAGUUAAAAUCCUUUACCUUUGUGGAGACAUUGUUCAAU